UGGACUCAGAACAGGACCGCAGCCAUCCAUCCUAGGGCAGGAACCCUUCUGCCAGUCUGUUUUUGCCCCUCCACAAAACUCCCUUUGGGCGGUUUCCAGCUAAACCGUCUUCGAGAAUGUCCAGAGGUCCCCAGAGAGGAAGCUGCUGCCCUGCGCUGGCCACGAAAGUGGGCGAGGGGGAUGCUGGCCACUGGGCGGAACCGAGAGCGCACCUGCUCCGUGCGCUGGGAGCGGUGGGAGGGGCAGGGGCGGCGCGCGGGGCUCUGCUCGACCAUCCCGCCGACCUGGGGAAGCCUCGCUCCGACGGCCACUCGGGGGUGACUGGUGGCCGCGCCUGGGGUGCCAGAUGAAAGGAGACAACCAUGAACGAGCCGCUAGAUGACUCUGUAAAUGCUUCUGAUUUCCCUGAUUAUGCAGCCGCUCUUGGAAAUUGCACUGAUGAAAAGCUCCCACUCAAGAGGCACUACCUCCCUGUAAUUUAUAGCAUCAUCUUCCUGGUGGGCUUUCCCGGGAACGCAGUCGCCAUCUCCACGUACGUCUUCAAAAUGCGGCCCUAGAGCAGCACCAUCAUUAUGCUGAACCUGGCCUGCACCGACCUGCUCUAUCUCACCAGCCUCCCCUUCCUGAUCCACUACUACGCCAGCGGCGAGAACUGGAUCUUUGGCGACUUCAUGUGCAAGUUCAUCCGCUUCGGCUUCCAUUUCAACCUGUACAGCAGCAUCCUCUUCCUCACCUGUUUCAGCAUCUUCCGCUACUUGGUCAUCAUCCACCCGAUGAGCUGCUUUUCCACGCGCAAGACUCGGUGGGCCGCGGUGGCCUGUGCCGUGGUGUGGAUCGUUUCGCUGGCGGCCGUCAUGCCCAUGACCUUCCUGAUCACGUCGACCACCGGGACCAACAGAUCUGCCUGCCUUGACCUCACGAGCUCGGAUGACCUCACAACUAUCAAAUGGUACAACCUGAUUUUGACGGCGACCACGUUCUGCCUCCCGUUGGCGAUAGUGACGCUUUGCUACACGACGAUCAUCUACACCCUCACCCAGGGCCCUCAGACGCACAGCUGCCUUAAGCAGAAGGCUCGGAGGCUGACCAUUCUGCUGCUCCUCGUGUUUUAUAUAUGCUUUUUGCCCUUCCACAUCUUAAGGGUCGUUCGGAUCGAAUCUCGCCUGCUUUCCAUCAGCUGUUCCACCGAGAAUCAGAUCCACGAGGCGUACAUCGUUUCUAGACCGCUGGCCGCCCUCAACACCUUUGGCAACCUGUUGCUGUAUGUGGCGGUCGGCAGCAACUUCCAGCAGGCCGUCUGCUCGAUGGUGAGGUGCCCAGCAGGUGGGGACCUGGAGCAAGGGAAGAAAAUCAGUCAGUCAAACAACCCUUGAAACACUUCCUGUACUCAGCCAAAGGGAAAUGCUGAUACCUCUUCGGUAGCUUCUAAGAAGUCCGGACUCUCUCCCUCAGCGGAACUCUUGGAAAACAGUGCACGCUCAGGUAGCCAUGUGCCCAAGCCAGGGCAGGGCUGCUGUGAGUUCUUUAUCAUCUGCUUAUUGGGAUCCUUCCUUGGGUAGAUGUAAGCAUGGGAUGGAUGCAGAUCGGUCAAGUGUUCAGAUGUAGAAUAGGAGCCAUCGGGACUCAGGGCCAUUUGAGUGACAUCUAGUCUCACCAACUUUAUAUGUAUGUAGUUUUAUACACACACACACGUACAUAGUGUGUAAAUUAAAAUUCACCCACUAGCCCUAGAUCUACAAUAUUUUAUGCCAUGAUAAGAGAAAGCCAAUCUUUUCACUUGUAGCUUCUUGCUUCUUUAUACUGAGGUCUGUUAGUACUGAGCCCCUAAAACUACUCAAGGCAUUAUUUGUAUAGUUUUCAAUACUUGCUUUUUAAAAAAUUUCAUAUCUUUAUAAUUUUUUCAAACUUCGUGAUUAUUAAACUAUUUUUCACCAGGCCUUAGUCAAUUUUGUAGACUAAAGCUGGCCAGUACAAUACACCCGAGGCAAUUCAACGAUGUCCAUGUGAAUACCUAAAAGGAACACCUGCCAGAUAUUUUUCUCUAUUGUUGUAGGUUCUUUUAAAAGCUGUUAUUGAAUUUGUAAAAAUUAUCAAUUUGUACUGGUCAUUAUUGGCAUGUCCUGGGGAAGAAAGAGCACUUUGGGGGGAACAGAAGUACUUUUCAAUAUUAUGUGUAUAUUGGGUGUUAAAUAAAAUCUAACAUUGUUUUAAUUUCUCUGGGAACAUAUUCUGGGAAAAACUCUCUUUUAUAUACCUUCUCAUUUGUGCCUCUCUUGAAAAUGUGUUCUCUGUUAUAAUAGCUAAAGCUAUUUUUGAAUUAUGUUGUUUAAUUAGCACUCAAUGUAAAUAUUUGAGAAAAUGCCUAGUCUGGAUAGUCAAAACCCUGGUAAAUGUGUUGAUACCAUUAAUAAACUGAUUUUAAAUCACUGGA